AUGUCGUCCAAAACCGAAAGAGCAUGCAUGCUCUGCGGUAUAAUCCAGCCAUACAGACGUUUUCUUGAGCUGGGAUGUCCCAACUGUGAGUCUGUGUUGCAUUACGCAGACAAUGAAGACGGCCAGAUCCAAGAUUGCACGUCGCCAUCUUUUGAAGGUUUGGUAGCCUUGGGCGACGACAACAAGGCAUCCUGGGUGGCUCGUUGGCUCCGUAUCGACUCGUUUGUAGCCGGUUUGUAUGCGGUGAAAGUCAACGGUAAGUUGCCUCCACACAUCGUUAGUGACUUGGAGGAACAGAAUAUUAGUUACAGACCCAGAGACGGCAGUGCCGAGGACUAG